AAUGAUCGGAAUAUUACCUCCAAAAAGUAACAUAAAUGAUCCGAACCUAAACCAAACAACUCAUCACCGAACAUAAUGGACCCUAGAUGUAUGGUUCAGGCCCAGGCCCAGGCCCAAGAAUCAGCCAUUGAUUGAGCCCAGAAAUUUAAGGGCCCAGAAAAUAAUACAAAGAAUUAAAAAAAACGGCCCACCACAUUUGUAGGGCCCAUAAAAACCUGCAAAAAACAAUCACCUUUCUCUUCUCUAUUCUUCCUUCGUCUUCCUCAAGCAAAACCCAAAAAAAUAAAAAUAAAAUAAAAACAUUUAAAUAAUAAAAGAAAAAACAAGAAAAAGUUGCAUAUGAAUUUCAGCAAAGUAGUUGACUUUUCUGGGUAAAUCCUCGAAAAUGGAGCCAAAAAUGGAGGUGAAUCAGCAUCAGCUGGUAUUUUCUCUCUCCUCGAAUCUCGCUUCCUUCAAUGGCUUGAUCAAAUGUCAUCAGAAAUCAAGCUAGACAUAGGGAACAACUAUGAUCAAUAUGAAUCAGAAGUAAGUCCUCGGAAUGGGAAUCAUACAAUGGCUGUGGGGGUCAGCGGAAUCUACAGCACCCUUGAUGAUUACCAUCAAGGGAAGAAGUCUAUUAGUGAAAUCACUUCACCAAGGGAACGUAGAUCCGCAAGUGACAGGCUUCUUCGACCAAAUCGAACAGUACAAAACAGCAUUGACAACCAUGUAGUGGAAGAAGAAGAAGAAGAAAGGGAGCACAAAACUGGAAAGAAGCCUUCUGGCCCUCUAGUGUCUGGAGCUGCUUAUUGUCUUUCUUCCUGUAGCAUGAUAUUGCUGAACAAAGUAGUUCUCUCAACAUACAACUUUAAUGCAGGAAUAUCAUUGAUGUUUUAUCAGAACUUAAUCAGUUCUGCAAUCGUUGCUGCAUUGAGUAUAUGCGGAAUCAUUUCAGUAGAAAAGUUCAGCUGGAAGCUCGUCCGGGUCUGGUUACCUGUCAACGUUAUCUUUGUGGGAAUGCUUGUUUCAGGCAUGUACAGUCUGAAGUACAUAAAUGUUGCUAUGGUGACAAUUUUGAAGAAUGUGACAAACAUUAUGACAGCAGUUGGUGAUUAUUAUAUAUUCCGAAGACACCAGAACCAGAAAGUUUGGACGGCAAUGUUUUUGAUGAUUAUCUCUGCUGUAAGUGGCGGCGUCACAGAUCUUUCUUUUGAAGUUACAGGAUAUACUUGGCAACUUAUAAACUGUGUUCUAACAGCAAGCUAUUCACUUACACUAAGGUUGGUCAUGGAAAAAGCAAAGCAACUGACAAAAUCAGGAUCUCUUAAUGAAGUUUCAAUGGUUUUGCUGAACAAUUCAUUGUCAUUACCAUUUGGAUUGAUCUUGAUUCUUAUAUUUGAUGAAUGGACUUAUGUGAGGAACGCCAAUGUAAUUACAAUGCCAAUGUUUUGGGCUGCAGCAACACUCAGCGGAUUGUUGGGACUUGCCAUUAGCUUCACUUCAAUGUGGUUUUUAGGUCAAAGCAGUCCUACAACUUAUAGCUUGGUGGGUUCCUUAAACAAGAUACCCAUAUCACUUGCUGGAAUACUGUUGUUCAAUGUUCCACUUAGUGUACCAAAUCUCUUCAGCAUACUAUUUGGUCUAUUUGCCGGAGUGUUCUUUGCCCGAGCUAAGAUGUCCUGAUUCUCAGGUUUACCCUAGAUUACUCAUAGAACAGAGGUACAACAGGAUACUUCUUCACAAAAAAAAACUAUUCUUUCCUAACAUUACAAAUGCAGCACAACUGAAUUCAGUAUUGAGGAAGGUGAUCCAUCUUUUUUCUCACUUGGAUCAACAAUGCAUAAACCUGCAUUGUCCUAAAGGUCUUAUAUUAUUUUCCAAGUAUAAUUGCAAGCAAACAGAUACAUUAUUUCAGAAAGAUUGGCGUUGUAUUAUUUUCGUUUCUAACAAUUUUGGUUUAUAAAAGUAUAUUUAUGUA